ACAUGACUACCUUCGCCUCUUUCCCGAUCCUCCAACUACCUGAGAAAUCUCUCAGAAUAGCGAUUCAAAGUCUGACUUUAGAACAAAUAAUAAAGUUCUCCCUCAUUUCAAAAUCUACAAAACGGACAGCAGAAUCAUUGAAUCUUCAGACUGACCCCUUUUGGCUUUACAUUAAUGAAAGUGUUUAUAUAUUAGUUCAAGCCAAGUUAAAUAUAAGUCCUUAUUAUCAUUUUAUUCCUUGGAAUCCCCUGGAAGUUGAUCUGAGAACAUUUCUGGAUCAUUCUCAGUGUGUACUCCAUACGGAUAAAGUUGAGUAUUUUAUGGUCAGCAGUGAUGAUUACGAUUGGAAGUCAAUUUAUGAAGCUCUUAACGACUUGGAAAUUCCUAGAACUACCCUAGAAUGUGUCUCUACAAAUGUUUGGCUCCACAAGCUUUUCAAUAAGGUUUCCAGUGGCUCCCUUGAAAUCACUCUUCCGGAUUUCAAAGGGUACCGCUCAAUGUUGAGCUCACACUGCCAGAAUUUGACUGUUGCCUCCGGGCUCACUGAUCUUCUGAGUGUCAACUGUGCACACUUAGAAGUGAUGCUGCGCAUGAGUUCAAAUGAAAUAAACAUAUUCCUAAAGCAUUGGAUAAACGGAGGAUUUUAUGGACUCGAAUCUGCUCUUUUCAAAGUACCAAGAAACCGUGUGGAUAAAGUUUUUAAGGGUGUGAACCACAAAGAUACAUGUGCAGAGGACUUAGACAAUCUUCCACGGAGAUCGUAUAAAAUUCAAUGCGCAAAAGAUAUCUACAGAUGUGAUGGAAGACGGGCAACUGUUGUCAUUGAUAUUGAUAAUUUGACAAUGCACGUUUGGAAAUAAUUUGUUUUUUUUUCACUUUAAUUAUGAUCAUUUUUUGAAUUUGCUGACCAACUUUAAUUAUGAUAUACAUACUUAAAUAUGUAAUUAUUAAAGACCAUAAUCAAACAAUUCCAUUCCUGCUGUUUGUGCUACACAAUUUUCUGAAAACAUCCGCUUCUAAAACUUUUUCAAAACUGUACUUGUAUGAUAUUUUUACGAUGAAUAAAUGUUUUAUGCAA